AUGGGGCUGGAGAAGAAGGACGUGAUCACGGCUGGACUCGGGGCUCUUGUCUCGUGGUUGCUGCUCACGCACUGGGUGCCGUCGUUCCGCUGGAUCCCCUACGCCUUUGUCACGGGCUGUCUCACAACCCUCGUUGCACUCGCAUUGCUGCUCUUGACAUCUUCCAAAGGUCCCAACCAUCGCUAUAACCAUGCCACUACUAUCAAGCCUCCGGCCUUUGUCACCCCUGCGCUUUGGAAGCAGGAGAAGGCUGCAUUGAAGUCCCGCUCGCGAUACGACAAGACGCCCAUCUACCCUUCCUCGGCAAACGUUUCGCUCAACAUCGACGGCCUUUUGGACCUUGUCCUCCGCGACUUCAUCGCCGUAUGGUACAAGAAUAUCAGCCUUCGCCCGCUGUUCCAGAACGAGGUGGAUCGCGUCAUCAGACAAGCCUUGGACAAUGUGCGAAAGAGAACACAACAACUCGACAUGGUCGAACUCGGCGUUGCCAGGAUCGUUCCAAUCUUGACCAACCACAUGCGCGACUUUUACAAUGCUGAGCGCAUCGUAAGAGGCAAGAAUCUGUCUCGCGACAUGACCGAGUCUGAAGAGCUGGAUCUUGCAAUUGCCGCAAAGUUCAGAGAUGGAAAGCUUCACCCAGCCGCCGCCCUGGCCUUCUCUGAUACAAAACUGCUACAGCAAACCCAUCUGCGUCGUCUGAUCGCCAAGAUACUGCCUCUCGUCAUGCCCGAGUACAUGAAAACUAGUGCAGCAGUAACCACCCUGGUCAAGGAGAUUGUCGCAUGUGCUGUCCUCACACCUGUUGUCUUGAUGCUCUCCGACCCCGAUUUCUUCAACCAGCUCAUUGAAAACUCCGGACGUACCAUGCUCCAAGACCGCAAAUCUGUUCGUAAACUACGCGCUGCAUUGGAUGAGCAUGCUGUGCCUGCCCCUCAACACCCUAAAGCCGGUCAAUUUCCACGCCUGAGACCAAACGACAACGAGAGACAAUUUGAAAGAUUCAUCCGUGCAACUCGAAAUUGUGCCACUCUCUCCGAUGCUAGGCGCUUUCGAAGUGAGAUCUCCAGUCAGGUUCGAAAGGCCAGUUCUGGCCCGGAGCAGGAUCCUGUUUAUCUCCGCCGCCUGGAGUCUGGACGACGCAUCUUGGAUCAGAAGAUUGCCCACUUCACAGCUGGUGGUACUUCUAGACCCAAAUUGACUGUAAAGGCCUCGACAUCUAGUGUCGAGCAAAGGUCGAAACUAAGUCAGGCCUCUCUAGACGAGGUACUGCACAAUGCAUCCGGACUUUCAUACUUCAUGGAAUUUAUGGACCGCAAAGGUCGUAUGCGCCUGGUGCAGUUUUGGAUCGUGGUGGAUGGUUUCCGCAACCCUCUCGAGGCGGUCAACGACGAGCCAGAGCAGGAACUCCAAGAUGCUUCUUGGACGCCCUCAGAUAGAAUGGAUCUGGAACAAAUGUAUGAAGCCUAUCUCACCAAGCCCGAGCUUAGUGUACCAGACCAUGACAGGCAAACGGUAAGAGACUUCUUGAGGGCUGGUAGAUCAGCACAUGUUCGACUCUACGUUUCCGCACGUCGUGCUGUGCUUCGAGCCCAAACUUCGGUUUUCGAGGAGAUGAAGGAACAAUAUUUCGACAGCUUUAGGAAGUCAGACUUGUUCUACAAGUGGCUUGCCACCGAGGAGAGUUCAAUCAUGUCAGCUACUUCAGAAGGCCACCCCGAGCUGACGAGGUCCUUGUCCGUCGGUGGUGAAAGAGACAGACCGCUGCAUCGAGAAGCUAGACCGGCGGCAGUGUUAUCUCCCAAAUCGCCUCGAGCGCCUGAGCUACGGAGACCAGCCAUGUCAUCAAGCGAUCUGAAAAGCUUCAUCAAGCCUAGCGUUGUUGCCAGCCCAGUGCGGCAAUCAAUGGAUGAUGGAAGACCCCGGCCUUUGUUCGACGACGAUGUCGAAGAUGAACGCAUGACUCGAUCUGUGUCUGCGCUUAGUAGCAUGGACUUGGACAUCGAGGCCGAUCCACCACAGGAUGACUCUGCUCAGGUCGUUGAUGCUAUGCAAGCUGCAUUGAAUGAGAUCAUGGAUGAACCAGAGAGCGGCUCGAUACUUUCUUCUGAGAAUCUAAUUAUGACUAACGACUCGCCAAGGGAUUCAUUAGACGGUGCAAGACCUACUCUGGCCCAGACGAGAUUAAAACCUAGCAUUGCUUCUCUUGGUUUGGUGGGAGCCGUGUCGAGCAAAGGAGUCUUUGAAGAUGAUCUGUUUGGGGAAGAGGAAAAGUUCGCCGAAGACGAGAAAGAAGAUUCAGAUCUAGCAGACAAGUCAAUCGAUGACGAUAUCCACGAAGCUGCGCCUGGUGAUCUGGGACUCACGGAAGCCAUUAGUACCCUCAAUGCAGACAUCGAUCGAUUGACGGCUCAAGAUGCCAUCCUGGAUUCAUUAACGAAGAAGGCUGAAUUGACGAACAAUGCAGCUGAGCUACGCAUUCUACGCAAGUCGAAGCAGAGCCUGGCAAGAGAAAUACAUCGCAAGGAAAUGCAGAAACAACAGUAUACCAUCCAAGAGAGCGACAACAGCUUGUACGGGAGAGCAGCGAUCAACAUCAAGUCGAUCAUGGUCGGGAGAGAAGAGGAUGGUCACGAGUUCGCACUCUAUGUCAUCGAAGUCAGACGCCAGGCAGGCGACCAGAUGCCCGCUGCAGUCUGGAUGGUGACUAGACGGUAUAGCGAAUUUCAUGAGCUGAACAAACGUCUUCGAGCGAGAUUUCCUGCCGUCAGAAACCUUGAGUUCCCUCGUCGCCAAACGCUGUUCACGUUGCAGAAAGACUUUUUGCAAAAGAGGAGGGUAAUUCUCGAGAAGUACCUCAAGGCACUGCUUUUGUUACCGGCUAUCUGCCGCAGUCGAGAGCUUCGCGCUUUCUUAUCCCAAUCUCGAAUUACAACAGGUGCCAAUGGCAGUCAAAUCGAUGAAAAAGACUUUGUGACAAGAAUUUACAACUCGGUCACAGACGGCAUGGAGGAAUUUUUGGGCAAUAUACCAGUCCUCGACCAGCUCUCUGUUGCUGGUCAGAACCUGAUAUCUGCAGCCACUGCCCAGAUGAGCGGACUACCGCUGAACCCCAACGCUCCUGAAUUCUCCUCAGACCCAGCCUCCGCUGCCGAAGCUGAAGCGGAGAUCAAUGCUUUUGAAGACCGAGAGGCAGAACCCUUCGUCAAGCCAAUCUGCGAUAUCUUCCUGGAAAUCUUCGAACUACAAAAAGGCACUAGUUGGCUGCGAGGGCGUGCCGUGGUCGUAGUGUUGCACCAGCUUCUCGGUGGCACCAUCGAGCGCAAGGUCCGCGAUGCAGCCAAAGGCUUUGGGCAAGAAGACUCGAUCAUACGUUAUCUUGAUCUUGUCAAGGGCAUCAUGUGGCCAGAUGGUCAAAUGAAACAAGGCGGUGUCCCGCGAACGGCGGCGCAAAAGGCAGCAAGUCAGAAGGAAGCAGGGCUUCUACUUGCGACAUUGGUCCCUGACCUGGCUGGGAGUGUGGUUGGGAGGCAUAACGCACAGGCAGCGAGUAGGAAGGUGUUUGCUAUGCUGAACAAUCAGCGUUUGAAUACGCAUUUGGUGUUCACGCUGUUGGACGAGUUGAUAGGAACUGUUUUUCCGGAAGCAGUAACACGAUGA